UUUUUAAAAUUUUUGGCGUUUUGGCGUUGUGUUUUUGGCGUUUUAUCGUUUGGCGUGUUUUAAAAAUUUGAAAAAUUGGCGUUUUGUGUUUGGUGCGGAAAUUGUUGGGAACCUUAAAAUUAAAAAAUAAAAAAUUAUUUUGGCGCACAUCCCUGUCCAGAACGGUCGGGAACAGACUUGAUCUCAAUUUUGUCUUUAUUUCGUUUCGCUCUGAAUUUUGUUUCGGGUUUGAUUCGCUCCGAAAUAAAUAGAAAAUUUUAAUAUUUCGAUUCGAAAUUUUUUUGAACACUUACGAGUAUGUCUCGUUACGAGAGUUUCAUCUUAUGGUUACUCAGGUCGAGAAUGGGGUUGUCGGUUCUGGACCGAACCGAACCGAAGACCAAGGAUUUUUCGGUUCAGUUCUUCGGUUCAGUUUCGGAUAUCCGAUGAAUUUCCAGGAACCGACAACCCUACUCGAGAAUAAUCUCAAAAUAAAUUAUUUUUCUCUAUACAAAAUAUUUAUUCUUAUUUUAUUCUCUUCAUUUAAUUAAUUUAUUUAUUUUGACUUUUAAUUUCUUAAAAUAACUCGUCUUCUUCACAAAUUAAAAGGAAAUACUUUAACGGUUUUUACAACCAUUACUAAUUGACUGCGCGAAAAUUUAUAGAAAAAGGAAUAGUUGAAGGGGAUGGGGAUGAGUAGUUGUAGGUCGGGGAUACACGUGACAGUUGGAGAGAAAGAAAAUAAAAAUUUAUUUAUGUAUAUUUAUUUAGUUU